UCAAGCUUCUUAAUUUUGAAAUUCUUUCAUGCAAUGGAAACCUUUAGAUGCCUCACAGCAUCUCUAUUACUACCAUUCUUUUUCCUCAUUUUUCUUCACAUCAUCUUCACUUCUCACAAAGGAAACAAUGUUUCCUUUGUUUUUUCUAAUUUAAAUUUUCCAAUCCCAAAAUACAACCAAAACACAACACAAGUAAUUAAACCUCUUCACUUUCUUACUAACUCUGCAUAUAGAAGCUUUGAACAUAAAUCAAAUAGUAGCAUUAUUAAGAAAAUUACUAGCUUGGACAGAGUUGAAGAAAGUUUAGCAGAAGCUCGAGCAUCGAUUCGGAAUGCAGUUUUGUCAAGAAACUAUAGUACUUCAGGGAAGAGAAAUAUCUUUGUCCCAAAAGGGUCCAUUUAUAGAAAUCCAUAUGCUUUUCAUCAGAGUCACAUGGAGAUGGUGAAAAGAUUGAAGAUUUGGGUAUACAAAGAAGGAGAGCAACCAAUAGUACAUGAUGGACCAAUGAACAACAUAUAUGCAAUUGAAGGUCAAUUCAUUGAUGAAAUAGACAUUAGCAAAAAGAGUAAUUUUAAAGCUAAACACCCUAAUGAAGCGCACAUUUUUUUCAUUCCCUUUAGUGUGACAAAUGUGGUACAAUAUGUUUAUAAGCCAAUUAUAUCUAAAGAGGAUUUCAACCGUGACCGUCUUCAAAGGUUGGUGGAGGAUUAUGUAAAUGUUGUGGCUGAUAAGUAUCCUUACUGGAAUAGAAGCAAUGGUGCUGACCAUUUUCUCCUUUCUUGUCAUGAUUGGGCACCAGAUAUCUCUAAUGCAAAUCCAGAUCUAUUCAAGAACUUCACAAGAGUCUUAUGCAAUGCCAACAUUUCUGAAGGGUUCAGGCCCAAUAGGGACGUGUCUAUUCCCGAAGUGUACUUACCUGUUGGAAAAUUAGGCCCACCAAAUUUGGGCCAAAGCCCAAUAAACAGAACUAUAUUAGCCUUUUUUUCUGGUAGAUCCCAUGGAGACAUUAGAAAAUUGCUUCUAAAUCAUUGGAAGGACAAAGAUAAUGAAAUUCAAGUUCAUGAGUAUCUUCCUAAGGAUCAAAACUAUACACAAUUAAUGGGAAUAAGUAAAUUUUGUUUGUGUCCAAGUGGAUAUGAAGUGGCUAGUCCAAGAAUUGUGGAGGCAAUAAAUGCUGGGUGUGUUCCUGUGAUUAUUUCUGAUAAUUAUUCUUUGCCUUUCAAUGAUGUGCUUAAUUGGAGUCAAUUUUCAGUGGAGAUUCCAGUGGAGAAAAUACUUGAGAUUAAGACUAUAUUACAAAAUGUUACAAAAGAUAGGUACAUAAAGUUGUAUAUGAAUGUUAGGAAAGUUCAAAGACAUUUUGUGAUGAAUAGGCCAGCUAAGCCUUUUGAUGUGAUGCAUAUGAUACUUCACUCGGUUUGGCUUAGAAGGCUUAACUUUAGACUUAUAGAUUCACAAUAAAUCAAAAAUGUUUAUGCAUAAAAA